AUGUCAAACCUGCCAUCCGAGCCCGAGUUCGAGCAGGCUUACAAAGAGCUGGCGAGCACCCUCGAGAACAGCUCACUGUUCACAAAGAACCCUGAAUUCAAAACCGCUCUGAAGGUCGUCUCCAUCCCAGAGCGCAUCAUCCAGUUCAGAGUUGUCUGGGAAGACGACAGCGGAAACCUCCAGGUCAACCGCGGCUACCGCGUACAGUUCAACUCGGCACUGGGCCCGUACAAGGGCGGACUCAGAUUCCACCCUACAGUCAAUCUGUCCAUCCUCAAGUUCCUCGGCUUCGAGCAGAUCUUCAAGAAUGCCUUGACAGGCCUGAACAUUGGAGGUGGUAAGGGAGGCGCCGACUUCGACCCCAAGGGAAAGAGCGACAACGAGAUUCGGAAGUUCUGCAAUGCUUUCAUGAGAGAGCUAUCGAAGCACAUUGGCGCUGAUACCGAUGUCCCGGCGGGUGACAUUGGUGUAGGUGGACGCGAAGUCGGAUACAUGUUUGGGGCCUACCGCCGAGAGCGCAACAAGUGGGAAGGUGUCCUGACUGGCAAGGGGGGUUCCUGGGGAGGCAGUCUGAUCCGACCAGAGGCUACCGGCUACGGUCUCGUAUACUACGUUGGUCACAUGCUGGAAUAUGCCGGCAAGGGCAGCUGGGCUGGAAAACGAGUGGCUAUCUCUGGAUCCGGCAAUGUCGCUCAAUAUGCCGCAUUGAAGUGCAUAGAGCUCGGUGCAACUGUCGUAUCGCUCUCAGACUCGCAGGGCGCCCUGAUCGCCGAGGGCGAUGCUUGCUUCAAGCCCGAGGACGUCGAAAAGAUCGCCGAAAUCAAGCUUGCUCGCAAGGCACUCACGGCCUACGAGCACAAGGGCGCUUUCAAGUACAUUGAAGGCGCCCGGCCUUGGGUCCACGUCGGUAAGGUCGACGUGGCAUUGCCAUGUGCUACACAGAACGAGGUUAGCAAGGAGGAGGCUGAGACACUCGUUUCCAACGGUUGUCUAUUUGUUGCGGAAGGCUCCAACAUGGGUUGCACACAAGACGCCAUCGACGUCUUCGAGGGUGCCCGCAAGGAGAAGGGAGCAGGGUCCGUCUGGUACGCUCCUGGUAAGGCAAGCAACGCUGGUGGUGUAGCAGUCUCCGGACUUGAGAUGGCACAGAACAGCCAGCGUCUGAGUUGGACACGCGAGGAAGUUGAUGAGAAACUCAAGCUCAUCAUGAAGAACGCCUUCGAGAACGGCCUCAACACGGCAAAGGAGUAUGUCGAGGCGAAGGAGGGUGAAUACCCCAGCUUAGUGGCUGGCAGUAACAUCGCUGGAUUCGUGAAGGUUGCCCGCGCCAUGCACGACCAAGGAGACUGGUGGGCGAAGCUGUGA